AUGUCGUCGCUCCAGCUGGGUGUUGGCGGCAUCGAGCUCGUGCCUCAAUCCACCGGCUACGCCUUGCUUAUCGGCUGGAAGUGUCGCCUUGCCUUUUAUGUGUUCAAGACCAACAUCAAUCCCAAAGCCUCAGGUAAGAAGCUCGUAAAAGUAAGCCAUCUGACGGUUGCAUCCAGGGGGUGCUUCAUCACGGGCAUCGCGCUCGCGCUCGACUACGGUGGCACAAACAUGACUGGGAUAGUCCUGCCGUGUCCUGGUAUCGUCCCGCUUGCGCUGACGCUGCUAUGGUCCGGUCAGACGCGUCUCGCAGCCAUGUUAUCGCCUAUCCUGGUCUUCUUCACCGGUCUGGCUAUCUGGCUCGGUACAUCGAAAGCCUUGUGCGGCGAAUCAACAUGGAGACUACCGACAUGGGGCGUCCCUGCCCUGUACGGCGCAACAGCCUCGUUCUUCUCGCCUACCAUGUACUCAGUCCUCAUCUCCCAUUACAUGCCCUACAAAUUCGACUAG